AUGCCAUCUAAUCCAAGUUUUAAUUGGCUGAAGCUACAAAAUGUAUAUUAUAACAUCAGAACAUGUUACGAUGAAAUGGAUUGGUCCAUUGACAACUUAUAUUCCAACUACUUAGUAUCACUAUCACCUAAUACAACUUUGAUAGCUAUUGCUUCAAAAAGUGCACCACAUCCAAAUCUAAUUGAAAUAUAUUCCAACAGUGGCCACAAACUAUGGUCAGUAGUUUAUAAUAGUACCCACAAUGAUUAUAUCCAGAGCUUUCAUUUUACAAGCGACGAAGACUUGAUAAUUGUUUUGAAUAACGGCAGAUACAGACAUUAUUACGAUUUGAUAGGUAGUUUCAAUGAGUAUAACUUUGUCGAGGAUUUAGUCACUAUGGAUAACAUAAGCCAAAGACAUAACACUGGUGAUAAAAUUGACGCAAACCCUGACAAUACUCGAAUAAUUACCAAUUUAGAAAACAACCAAACAGAAGAAAUAAUUAAGAUAAUUGAGGUUAAGACGUGGAAUCAAUUUUUAGUUGUACGGCUCGAAAGCAAGAUUAUAGUGAGUGAUUUGGACUCUUUUACAAAUUAUGCUAUUUCUUUAGCAAGCUAUUCUGCCUCAGACUUUGAAUGUUUCAGCAUUCAAGCGAAGACGGGCACUAAAAAAGCGGUUACUAUUCAAUUGGGGUAUCGCAAAAGUAUACUUUCCAUUGACGUCGAUUUUGAUUUAGCUAGCUAUGAAAUAUUAGACCAAGAAUUGACUGAUGGACCAUUUAGCUCCAUUGCGAUAUCACCUAGUGGUCAACUUAUUUCAUUAUUCAACCAACAAUUAAAGAAAAUAUUUGUCAUAAGCAACAAAUUUGACCAAAUAUUAUUGGAUUAUGACACUUCAAAUGAAAGUAGCGACCCAUAUCAAGUGGAAUGGUGUGGCAAUGACGCAAUAGUCUUAUCCUUUAAAGAUGAAAUAAAAUUAAUUGGACCUGGCCAACAAUCAAUUUCAUUUUUUUAUGAUAUAGAAGAUGAUGACGAAUUUGAUUUAGAUAAUUUAAUGGUUAGAAAAGACAAUAAGAACACAGACUAUAAAAAAUUUGAUGACUUGCUUUUCACAAUUCCUAUUUUACAAACUAGCAUUGAUGGGUUAAAAAUCGUCACUACUAAUAAAGUCCAGUUUUUAAGCAGAGUGCCUGAAACUAGCGUUGAAAUGUACCAAGUUGGAUCAACUGCACCUAGCAGUAUUUUGGCUGACUGCAUUGACAAAUUUUCUGCAAAUGCCUCUAAAGCUGAUAGCAAUAUAUCUUUAUUGAGAGCAGACAAUACGUUAUUAAAGGCCAUGGAAGAUUGUCUUCAAGUGGCUUUAGACGAGUUUUCGCCAGAUUGGCAGAGAAGAGCUUUAAAGGCGGUAUCAUUUGGAAAGGUAUACUAUGAUGAUUAUUUCGAUUCUGACAAAUUCGUAUCAGUAGUAGAUAUCAUUAAAGUUUUGAAUCUAAUUCGCUCACCAGAAUUAGGAUUAUUUUUGACUUAUCAGCAGAUUGAGAAAAUUGGUGGGUGGGAAGAAGUGAUCAAAAUGCUUUUGCGAAGGAACCAUCAUGAUUUAAGUUUAGAUAUCAUUGAUAAAUUGAAUUUGGGGAACGCCAAACCUUUAGUAUAUAUUCAUUGGUGUUGUUAUAAAAUUAGAAAGGAGUUGGACAUGUCGGAUAUAGAUUUGUUCAAAUUAGUAAGUGAGAAGCUUAUUUCGUCGACAAAAACCAGGGUCAAUUAUAUUUCCACAGAGCAAAUUUCAGAAACUGCACAUGAAGAAGGAAGAGAAGAGUUGUGUAAAUUUUUGCUUGACUUAGAGCCAUCAGUCAUAAAGAAAAUUGGUAAACUUCUAAAUUUUGACGAAACUGAACUUGCAUUGAUCAAAUCUUUUCAAAACGGAAACUAUGAUUUGUCUACUUUGAUCUUGUUAUAUUUACAAGACAACUUGACUACGUCACAAUUUUUCAAAAUAUUAAGUCAAACUGAAAGUGUUUUGAAAAAAGAAAACUCAACCAAACAAACUAUCCAGAAGUUGGACAUUGAUGUUAAAUCAGAAUACAUGCAAGUCACAGGAGAAGUUGUUGGCCAUGCUUGGGAAGAAUCAAUAGCGAAAAAUGUAUCACCACGCUUGCUUGAGACAUAUCUCAAACACGAAGAUAGGGUAAACGAAUUGAAUAUAUUUAAGAUACAGCAAUUUAAACGGGACCCUGAACUUCAUAAGGACAACUACUACGAACUGUACAAGUCUGUUUUGACUAAAGCUAUCAACAGGUCGACAAACCAACGUAUUUCCAAAGCAUUGCAGCGCGAAAUUCAAGUUUUGGAAUUGCAAAAGAAGCUUAGUGAGACCUAUUUAACAGAUUUUUACCAGGAAAAGACUUUGAUGGCAAUAUUAAAGCGGAUGAUUGCUAUGAAUCAAAUUAAACCCGCCAAGAAAAUAGUUGCAAACUUCCAACUAUCAGUAGAGAAGUUUUGGUAUCUUGUAUUGAACACAUUAAUGGAUCGACGUGAAUUUGACCAAUUGUAUGAGUUUGCUUUUGGUUCAAGUGACCAGACUUCUGGUAAUUCACCCAUUGGGUUUGAGCCAUUUGCUGAAUUAGGUUUGCAGAAAAAUGCCCCACAAAGCCAUAUUUCUACAUAUAUUAAAAACUCAAACAAGUACAAAUACGAAGAAAAAAUAUCCAUGUUUAUCAAAAAUGAUGAUUAUGAAUCUGCUGCAUUAGAGGCAUUCAGAAAUAAAGACAUUGAUAUUUUGAAAAGUUUACUACAAAAAAUACCAAAUUCUAAUCAAGCUGACAUUCAAGUAGUAAAUAGUUAUAUUCAACAACUAGGCUAUUAA